AGAUUGUAUUUUGGGUGGAAACCUCAGCUGGUGGUUGAAGACUACUUAAAGUAUAUAAUGAUAAUAUGAGGAAGAAAAAGGACAUGAAAAGCAGGAGAUGUGGUGCACUGUUCCUAAUGAGCAUCCAAGAACUGAGCUGUCUGCGCUGCUGCUGAGGUGACAGCUUAGACACUGGAAAGAAAGGACUAACAAAAAGCAGCUUAAAGGAUGGACAAGCAAAAUAACACUGGUCUUAAGCCCCCCAAAUCUUGGAUCGAAGAGGUCUUCAGUAAAAGAGAAUGUGCACACAUUAUUCCCAGCUCAAAAGAUCCACACAGAUGUCCUGCAGGAUGCCAGGUGUGUCAGAAUUUAAUCAGGUGUUGCUGUGGCCGGCUGAUUGGAGAACACCCAGGAAUAAAAUGCAGCUGGCCUGUUUAUCAGGCUGGUUCACAGAGUGAUGGUGGAGAGUGGUCUGUGCAAAAACACACAAAGAUGAGUCCCACAGAUGCUUUUGGUACUAUCAAUUUUCAAGAUGGAGACCACACUUACCAUGCCAAGUAUAUUAGACUUUCUUACGAUAGCAAUUUGGAUCAGCUGUUGCAUCUGAUGGUUAAAGAAUGGCAGAUGGAAUUGCCAAAGCUAGUGAUCUCUGUUCAUGGAGGCAUUCAAAAUUUCAAGCUUCCCUCAAAAGUCAAACAGGUUUUCAGCAAAGGGCUGGUGAAGGCAGCUGAGUCUACAGGAGCAUGGAUAAUUACAGAAGGCAUCAACAGCGGAGUGUCCAGGCAUGUGGGGGAUGCACUGAAAGGCCGUGCCUCACCACACCUGAGAAAGAUCUGUGCUAUUGGGAUUCCUCCAUGGGGUAUCAUUGAGAAUCAGAGGGAUCUCAUUGGAAAAGAUGUAGUUUGCCUGUACCAGACUCUUGGUAACCCUCUCAGCAAGCUGAGUACCCUCAACAGCAUGCAUUCUCAUUUUCUAAUGGCAGAUGAUGGGACAGUAGGCAAGUAUGGGAAUGAAAUGAUGCUCAGGAGGAAUUUGGAGAAGUACAUAUCACUUCAAAAAAUACACACAAGAAUGGGCCAAGGUGUUCCCACAGUGGGGCUGGUGCUGGAAGGAGGUCCCAGUGUGAUCCUGAUGGUGUGUGAGUACGUGAGGGCCAGCCCAGCUGUCCCAGUGGUAGUCUAUGAGGGCACUGGCAGGGCUGCAGACAUCCUGGCAUUUACCCACAAGCACACAGGUGAUACGGGGGAUCUGUGCCCUCAGGUGAAGGAGGAAAUCUUAAUGAUGAUUCAGAACGUAUUUAGAUUGGAACAGAAGCAGUCCAGUCGUCUAUUUCAUGUUUUGAUGGAAUGCAUGAAACACAGAGAGUCUAUCACCGUAUUUGAUGCGGAGUCAGAAGAUGAGCAGGACAUUGAUUUGGCAAUUCUGACAGCACUCUUGAAAGGUACAAAUAUGUCUGCUUCAGAUCAGCUAGAUUUGGCAUUGGCCUGGAACCAGCUAGAUAUUGCCAAGAAACACAUACUUGUUUAUGGACAACACUGGAAGGUUGGUGCCUUGGAACAGGCAAUGCUGGAUGCCUUAGUCAUGGAUCGUGUGGAUUUUGUUAAACUAUUAAUAGAACACGGAGUGAACAUGCACCGUUUUCUUACCAUAUCUCGUUUGGAAGAACUCUACAAUACUAAACAAGGACCAUCAAAUCUACUUUUACAUCAUCUGGUUCGAGAUGUGAAGCAGAACAGCCUUUCUUUGGAUUAUAAGAUAUCACUGAUUGACAUUGGCCUAGUGAUAGAGUACCUCCUCGGUGAAGCUUAUCGGAGCAGCUACACAAGGAAGCAUUUCCGAAUUCUUUACAACGAUCUCUACAGAAAACACAAGAGAGUGGUCUCCAGCUUGCCUCAAAACCUGUCUCAUUCCUUUCAUCAGAGUAAUCAGAUGGAUAGUGGAAUGGCAUCCACUGAAAGUACUUUGCAUUCUCAGUUCUUCAGAACUGCACAGCCUUACAAAUACAAGGAAAGAUCUAGCCCUUUUCCAAAGUAUAAGAAGAAAUCCAAAGAGGAUGUAAACUACACAGAGAAUUAUGAGUCAACUGGUUUCAUCUACCCCUAUAAUGACCUCCUGGUUUGGGCAGUAUUAAUGAAAAGACAGAAGAUGGCUAUGUUUUUCUGGCAGCAUGGAGAGGAAGCCAUGGUCAAAGCUGUUGUUGCUUGUAAACUCUACAGAGCAAUGGCACAUGAGGCUAAACAGAGCAACAUGGUGGAUGACACCUCAGAAGAACUCAAGAAAUAUUCAAAGGAAUUUGGGCAGCUUGCCUUAGAUGUGCUGGACAAAGCAUUCAAACAAAAUGAGCAGAUGGCCAUGAAGUUGCUGACCUAUGAACUGAAGAAUUGGAGCAACUCAACCUGCUUAAAGCUGGCAGUGUCUGUGGGGCUGCGGCCGUUUGUGUCCCACACGUGCACACAAAUGCUGCUGACUGACAUGUGGAUGGGACGCCUGAAGACGCGGAAAAACUCCUGGUUUAAGGUCAUUAUGAGUAUUCUCCUGCCUCCCACCAUACUGAUGCUGGAGUUUAAAAGCAAGGCAGAAAUGUCUCAUGUGCCGCAGUCUCAAGACUUCCACCAGUUGUGGUAUCAUGGUGAACAGAGCCCAGUCAGCUCUAAAGAUACUUUGAAGGGUUAUGAUGUGGAAAAGGCUGUUCAGAAGUCUGAUGAAAGCCAAGCAGAUGGCGGACAAGGAAACCUGUCUGGAGCUAGAAAAAUCUAUGAGUUCUACAACGCACCAAUUGUCAAGUUCUGGUUUCACACGAUGUCAUACUUGGCAUUCCUCAUGCUCUUUACUUACACUGUGUUGGUGAAGAUGGAACCCAGACCAAGUGUGCAAGAGUGGCUUGUUAUCAUUUAUAUUUUCACUACUGCUAUGGAAAAAGUCAGGGAGGUAUUUAUCUCAGAACCUAGAAAAUUCUGCCAAAAGGUGAAGGUGUGGAUUUACGAAUACUGGAAUUUUACUGAUUCUGUAGCUAUCAUCCUUUUUAUGAUUGGUUUUGGUCUGCGCUGGUCCAACCCCCCUGUUCAAACUGCAGGGAGGCUCCUUUACUGCUUGGAUAUUAUAUUUUGGUAUACUCGGCUCCUUGAUCUUUUUGCUGUGAAUCAACAUGCAGGCCCAUACCUGACAAUGAUUGGGAAAAUGACAGGAAACAUGUUCUAUAUUGUGAUCAUGAUGGCCAUCGUCCUGCUUAGUUUUGGGGUGUCACGAAAGGCAAUUCUUUCACCAGAGGAGCCUCCCUCUUGGACACUGGCGCGAGAUAUUGUGUUUCAGCCCUACUGGAUGAUGUUUGGUGAAGUCUAUGCUGGAGAAAUAGAUGUUUGUGAAACCAAUGAAGACUGUCCUCCUGGAUCCUUUCUCACACCAUUUCUGCAAGCUGUCUACCUUUUUGUGCAGUACAUCAUCAUGGUCAACUUGCUCAUUGCAUUCUUUAACAAUGUUUAUUUUGAUUUGAAAUCCAUAUCGAACAAGCUCUGGAAGUACAACCGCUACCGCUACAUCAUGACCUACCGCGAGAAGCCGUGGCUGCCUCCACCCUUCAUCCUCCUGAGUCACUUUGGGCUUCUGAUGAAAUGCAUCUCCCACCACCAGCCCCCAAAUGAGUUGGACCAAGAGGAAGGCGAUGUUGGACUAAAGCUUUACCUGAGUGAUGAGGAGUUAAAGAAACUCCAUGAUUUUGAGGAACAGUGUGUAGAAGAAUAUUUUCAUGAGAAGAAUGAAAACCUGAGUUCCAGUGGCAGUGAAAGGAUCCGUUUGACCACAGAAAGAGUGGAAGAGAUGUUUCAACAACUUAAAGAAGUGCAUGAGAAGGUAUUUUAUAUCAAGGAGUCUUUACUCUCUCUGGACAGCCAGCUAGGCCAUUUGCAAGACCUGUCUGCCCUGACAGUGGACAUCCUGAAAGUGCUUUCAGCUGUAGACACCUUGAAGGUGGAAGAAGCCUUACUGGCUGACACAAAACGUCAAGCUAGGAAGCUGCCCCAUAGCUGGAGCAAUGCAUUCUAUUCCAAGACCUUGAGCAGCCUGGAGGGCUUGUAUGACAAGAAAUACCACUAUUACAGCAUGCCACCCUCCCUCUUACGGAGCUUGGUAAAGACACAGUCUCCAUCAGCGUGCAAACUCUUGAAGCCUGAGGGUAACGGGGUGGUAGAAGACAGCUCUCAAAAGGCAGAGAUAGAAACAGACACGCUCACUUCAGGAGUAUCCUCUGAGACUAAGUCGACGCCUAGGUAUGGGCAGUUUUUACUGGUGCCCCCUGACCACCAGGGAGGGUCUUUUUCUGAGGAUGUCACCUUAAAUUUGUCCAUUUUGAGUACUGCUGCCAAGUACAGGGAUGUAGCAUUCAGAGAUGACCUGCAAAGUAGCAUUGUGGUUCAGCAAAACCUGCCGGGUAUCAGCUUCCUUGGCAAAGAGACAGAGGAUUAUCAAUGGAGCCCGAGAGAUUUUGUUAUUCAUUUGCCAUCAGAGAAGAUUGAUGCUGCAGAAGCUGUGCAUCCUCUUGAUCUCCAGCUACCACUGGAUAUCGGAGAAAGUGCAGCAUCCCCCUGCCAUGACAGAGAAGAAGCUGAAGGUGGUUAUGUGAACUGGGGAUUCUCUGAAGGUGAUGAGAAAGGAGUUUUCAUCUCAGAUCCAAAGAAUCAAGCCCUGUACCUACAUUCCUCCUAUGACAGGGACAACAACUUCAGGAAUAAUCCUGCCACACGUGUCCAGUUAAGUGAUUCGAAGUCCUCCUACAACUCUGUAAAGUCAUGUCACAGCAGCAACAUCUCUCAGAACAGGCUGAAGCGAAGCAUCUCCUGGAUCAGCCCUCUCUGGAGGGACUGGAGUUUCUGCAGAAGCAGCAGCUUACCAUCGUCUAAGAAAGAGACAUCAGGGAAAAUCUGCAAGCCUGUAGGCGAAUCUCUAGGAUCCUUGGAGCUGCACCACAGUGAGGCAACAAAAGCAAAAGAGCAAAACAGAGAUAGAAAAUCUGGAAGAGGAAAGAGGAAUCAAAAACCUCUUCAGGUGCCGGUGAUUAGAGUGGAUGAUUGUCCCCAGCACACUCAAGUGAACUCAGAGCCUGCGGAGAUCAAUGUCUGGAAUGAGGAAGAGAAACACAGCAAGAAUUGGCUCACCGUGUCUAAUUUCAGUCAGCUAAGUUUGGAACGUCUCUAUUACAAGCACCAGAAAAUUAAAAAUCCAGAUGUCGGAAGACAUACCAUACCCUUCUGUGAUUACCUGAAGCAUUCUCAACAGGAUUUCAGUAACAACGUAUUUGGAAACACCAAGAAAAGCAAUCUGAACAGGAACACCUCAUUGAGAACUCCAGAGGAAUCUGACAAUAUCUUCUCCUGCUUGAAAACAUCUCAAGAUUUGCACCUUCACUACUCAGCUGUUGAAAGAAACAACUUAAUGAGACUUGCUCAGACCAUACCAUUUACACCAGUCCAGCUCUUUGCUGGAGAGGAAGUGACAGUCUAUCGACUAGAAGAAAGUUCACCUAUGAAUCUUGAUAAAAGCAUGUCUUCCUGGUCCCAGUGUGGCACAACUGCAAUGAUCCAAGUCCUGUCACGGGAGGAGAUGGAUGGGGGCCUGCGGAGGGCCAUGAAGGUCAUUUGCACUUGGUCUGAGAGUGAUGCAUUAAAGCUGGGACAAGUAUAUAUUGUGAAGUCUUUCCUGCCAGAGGUGGUUCAAACUUGGCAAAAGAUCUUCCACCAUGGCACAGUAUUGCAUCUCUGUCUGAGGGAGAUUCAACAGCAAAGGGUUGCUCAGAAGUUAAUCUAUACCUUCAAUCAAGUGAAGCCUCACACUAUUCCCUAUACUCCAAGGUUUCUGGAAGUUUUCCUCAUCUACUGUCACUCAGCAAACCAGUGGCUGACCAUCGAGAAGUACAUGACUGGUGAAUUUCGGAAAUACAACAACAACAAUGGAGAUGAGAUUACUCCCAUCAGCUUGCUAGAAGAGCUGAUGCUGGCCUUCUCCCACUGGACCUACGUCUACACCCGUGGGGAGCUCCUUGUCCUGGAUUUGCAAGGUGUUGGGGAAAACCUUACAGAUCCAUCUGUGAUUAAACCUGAAGACAAAAAGUCUGGAAAGAUGAUGUUUGGACCAGCAAACCUAGGAGAAGAUGCAAUAAGAAACUUUAUUGCCAAGCAUCGUUGUAAUUCUUGCUGCAGAAAGCUGAAACUUCCCGAUUUGAGAAGAAGUGACUACAUGUUGGAAACUGCUGGUCCAGCCUUCGGACUAGAAAUGGAAACAAGCACCAAAGAACCUGAUGAUGCAGAUGAGCCUUCUGAGUAUGACUCACAGCUGUGAAGCAGAGAACCCAUCUGUUUUUAUGCUUCAAAACCUGUUCCUUAUCAGUGCCAAAAAUUUGUCCAAUAUCACAAGAUACAGGUGACUGAGUGCAGCAUCUGUCUGCCCUGGCUAGACCCUACAGACAAGGAAUGAAAAAAAUUAGAUUUAUUUACUCCCCUUCCAUGUCCUUGUGCUGGUCUUUCUUGUUCAGAUUAAUGAAUUGCCAGGAGCAGGUCACCCCUUGCCUGGAUCAGCUGUCC